GCUGCGGCGGCUCUCGGUGCGACAGCGGAGGCCUCGGAGCCGUUCCUCAGGGUGCUGGCUGAGAGCUGCCAGUUCAUCGUCUCCUCCCUCGGCGAGUACGUGAAGAGGAGCAAGGAGCAGCCCUUCGGCCGGGAUGACGUGCUCGGCCUCUGUGAUUUCACUGAAGGGCACUGCCGUGUCCUGCACCGGCUGCUGGAGAGGGUCCCUCCUGACGGUGUCAAACAGAAGCUCAUGGUGAAGCAGCUGCUCUACCGCAACCUCCAGCUCUUUGCCAGCGUGGCCUACGAUGCCUUCCAGUGCUCCCAGGCGGUGGGCUGGCCGGGUCUGGAGCGGCUGACGGCGGGCUGCGGGAGGAGCGUGGCCUGGAUGCUGGAGGCGUUGGAGGGGCUCCCCGAGAGCGAGCGCGCCAAGUACCUCGAUGUCACCGUGUCGUGCGCGUUCAAGCUGGCCUACAUCUUCUACAACCAGAACCUUCAUGAGGAGGCCAGCUCCGUCUGCGAGCUCUUCUGCGAGCGGCUGCAGGCAGUGGAUGCCUACGCGUGUCCGGAGAUCCCCCCGGAGAGGCUGCACAAAUGCUUCAGGCUGCAGGUGGAGAGCUACCGCAAGCUGGGACGGCUGGAGAGAGCGCUGGAGUGCGUGGCGCAGUGGCUGGUCGCUCUGCGGGGUCGGAUCGGGGAGCUGCUGGCAGAACCCGUCUCCCUUUGGGUCAGAGUCAAAACAGAUGCUGCGAAACAAGGGGCCGAGGAGUUACAGUUGCGGACCCUGAAGGAAGGAUUGGAGGGGCACAGCCUGGACACAGAGACCUUGGUGACCGUCCUUUUUGCGGAGUUGAAGGCCUAUAAGACUGUCCGAGCUGACACGGGGCAGGAACGCUACAACGUCCUCUGCGACCUGCUGGAGAUCUGUUCGGAGGAGAGCGGCCACCUGCACGAGCGAGCCGUCGGCUUGACGGAGCUGGCCCAGGUUUUGUGCUACCACAGCUACGCCCAGCAGACGGAGUGCUCUUCCCUGGAUUCGGUCCACGAAGCUUUGCGGCUGCUGGAUUUGGUGCCCAAGAGUGCCCAGAACCGGGACCGGCUCCUCGAUGACCGGGCGCAGGCUCUGCUCUGGCUCUACAUCUGCACCCUGGAGUCCAAGCUGGAGAAGAGCAUAGAGAGGGACCAGAGAGCCAAAGCUCAGGGGCUGAAGAACCUGGAUGACUUUGAGCCCAAUGACCUCAACUACGAAAGCAAGCUGCUGGAGGACAGGUUCCUGUACGACGGCAUCUCCUUCAACCUGGCGACAGAGACCGGUGAGAACGCCGGUGGCUUUAGGCCCUUUGUGAAGGGGCUUUCUGGGAGCGCCCGACCCGGGGUUAUCCCCUCAGCUCUCUCCAAAAGCCUGGAUGAUGCCUUCACCUUGUGGAAGCAGCUCCUGGCGACGUCGGGCGUCCCGGCCGUGCGCAGCCCCGAGCAGACCGUGGCCUCCCUGCACCUCCUGGCGGCUCUCUACAAGCUGAUGGCCAAGCCCUUACAAGCCAUGGAGAGCUACCUCCUGGUCAGAGCCCUCUGUGGCGCACUCGGGGACAGCCUGGGCAUGGCCGGUGCCCUGUGCCAGAUCACCAAGCUGCUUUUCCAGCUGGAGUGUCCCAACUACGCCCAGCUUUUCCUGGAGGAGACGGAGUCCUGCCUGCGGGAAGCUGACAGCGGCAACGAUUCCUACCUGCUGCUGCAGCAAACCUGCCUCCUGCUCCCCAGCCAGCUGUGCUGUGUCAACCACCAGAUUGAAGAGGGUCUCACCCUGUUGCUGGAGGUGCUCCGGAACCCGGCUCUGCAAAAAAUCACAAAGGUCUGGUACCUCCUGCGAGCCCACGUCCUCCGGCUGGCGGCCGCCUCCCUGAGCCUUCCCCCUGCCCGCCUCUCGCCGGAGCUGCGGCAGCGGAUCUUUGGGCACGGGUGGAAAACGCCCGAGACGGCUCUCGCCGAAGCCCACAAGCUCUUCCGCAGCAUCAUCCUCCUACUGAUGGGCAGCGACGUGUUGGGCUGUCAAACAACGACGUCUGACACCCAAUUUGUGGAUUACGGGGACAACCUGCUGCUGAAGUGGCAAGUGCUGGCUGACAUGCUGGCCUGCUCCGAGCACCUGGUGGCCCUCCUCAGCAGGCUGGAGGGGGUGUGUAAAGCCAAAGCCUUCUGCUUGGAAGCCGUCAAGCUGGCCAUGAAACUGCAAACCAUCCGGUGGUGCGUUUCCUUCCUGGUGCUGAAGGCCCAGCUGGAACUGCAGCAGAGCGAGCUGGAGCUGAGCCAUUUUGACCUUCAGCAGGCUCUCUUCCUCCUGGAGUCUGACACCGAGUUUAAAGCCAGCAAGAAGCAGAAAAGCCAGAGGAAGAUCCUGCCCAGGAAGGGCAAACUCGAGGGCAAGAAGCCGUGGGACCCCAUCCCUGAGCCCCCUGGGGAAGAGGAUGGAUUCCUGAAGGGUCCCGCGCUGGAGUUUGUGGCCCCGGCGAGCGGGCUGACCAAAGCGGAUGCUCUCACUGCUUCACCGGAGCUGAAACCGAAGAGGAAGAAGAGACUGGCCUUCCUCACCCACCCGGAAAGCUGUCCGUGCUGCCUCUGCUCCGACCUGGCCCUCUCGGCUCUCUGCCUGCGCUGGCUCCUCUCCUGCGCCCAGAGCGAGCUGGCAGCGGGCAGCGCGGCCGAGGGACUGGGUCUGAUCCACGCCGUGCUGCCGCGCUGCGCCACCGUGGCCGCCCGCUUCGCCGCCGUGCUGCGGGACAAGCUGCGGGGCGGCUCCGUCAGCCCCGACCUGCCUACGCUGGAGCUCUUAGACGAUUUAGUGGCCGCCGGCUACGCCGCGUUAGCCCUUCAGAGCCUGGCCAGCCCCCAGCUGGCGGAGGAGCUCCAGGAGGAGCUGGAGACGGGGUUGACCUUCUUAGCAUCCUGCAGACCCCACCUGCCCAACCUGGAGGUCUCCAGGGCCAGCCUGCUGCUCGCCAAAGCCAUGGCUACCAUUUGCCGCCUGGCCUCCAAGCACGGCGACUCCCUGGAUGGCUGCUUUGCCAGCUCUUGGACUUCGCAACUGCCCGCGCUCACUCCGGCGGAGCCCCAAGCGGUGGCCGUGCCCCAAACCCUCAAGACGGACAAGGCUCAACCCCAAAGGCGCAAGAACAAGGCAGCGUUGGUCCCCGCCGUGCCCAAGCCCCGAGCGAAGAAGAACCAGAGAGCGAAGCCCCCGUCCGCGCCGAACACCGACGACGUCUUUGCUCUGGGUGACUCGGACGGCGAGGUGCCCCCCAUCGUCAUCCGCCCGGCGAUGGCGCCCUGCACCCCGCGCCAGAAAGCCUGUCCCCCCGCCAAGGCGCGGGCAGCCCCCGCUUCCAGGACUCCUUUCACCAUCUUCAGCGAAUCCUCCCCGCCGGCCAGCAAGUCCCGGCUCCUGCGAGCUCCCAAAGUCUCGGGGAGAAUCAAAUCUCGCCUAAAAGUGACGUUCAGUGAUGACAGUGACACGGAGGGUCCCGAAGCAGGGUUGACCCCCGCCGUUACCCGCAAGAUGUCCUGUGCCCGGAAAGCUCUGCCCCCCAAAUCCGUGGGGUGCCAGGCGAGCUCGUUGGGGUCCGGCGGUCAGCGCAGCGUUGCUCAGCCCCGCAGAGGACGGCCAAGCGCCCGCCGAGCCGGGGCCGCGGGGGAGAAGAGGGAGCGGACGACCCGCAGGGCUCCCGGCAAGAGAGCGGAGAAGGAGCAGGAGCUUCUGAGAGCCAUUGAGGAAGAGGAGAAGGUGGAGGAAGAGCUGGAGAUCAGCUUCGAGGUCUUACGGGCUUCCGAGGAAGAGGAGGGAGCUCCAGAGGGGCAGUGGGUGGGCAUCGGGCUGUUGGCCAAGGGUGACGUGGAGCUGCUGGUCUUGGACUGGGAGCUGGUGGCCACGCUGGGGACGCCACGUGUCACCUCGCUGGACACUGUCCUCAAGCUCCUGAAAGAUGCUUUCAACUGCAUCAGCCACUGCCCUCCCGGUGCGCUCUACAGCCAGCUCUGCCGGCUCCUGGCGUUGGCCGUGGGCAACCAGGACCCUCUCUCCACUGCCUACCUCCUCUCCGAGUCCGUCUCUGUCACCGUGCGCCAUCAGCUGCUCAGCGUCAUCCACAGGAAGAUUUACAAAGAGAAGAAGGCGGCGGGGGAUGUGGCCGAGCGCCUCCGUGGGCUCUCCUUGCAGGAGGGAAGCGCUGCCUGCCGUGGCCACCACCUCGCUGAGCUGGAGAGACUCUUUGUCUUCAGCUCCACGGGACUGGGGGCUGGGGAGCGGGACGCCUUCCGCACUCAGCUGCAGCAGAUCCCCAGCCUCAUAGACACCCUGGAGAUGCAGGUGCUGGGCUGUUGGAGGGGGGCCCUGCUCCCCACCGCCCCCCAGUCCUCUCUGGCAGAAGAAGCCGCCCAGUUGCACCCACAGCUCCGCCGGUGCGGUUGGAGGGACUCAGAUCCCGCCCUGCUCAAGGUGAUGCUGAACGCCGCCCCCCUCCUCGCCCCCCAGGACGUGCAGACCCUUUCCUUCGGCCUC